CUGCUCUCUCAGCCGCAAGUUAUUUCGUUCCCGGGCCUCGCACCAAAUGCUCGACUUUCCAGCGUUUUUGCUGUAAAUCGCGGGUGUGCUGUACUUGAGUGCCGGUACUGUGAAAGCUCGCGCCAAACCCAUUGAGCCCAUCUGGGCGCGCGGGCCAUGCGGUCAAUGUGACUCCAACAUGACUUAGUUCCAUGGGAGUAAUAAGCUCUAGAAGAGAUGUACAUUCGACGACUAUAUCCCACUUCAUCGAAAGUGUACAAAGUGCUACAAUGUAACCCGCAGCAAUAAAGCUUCACUAUGGAUGUUCGAUGGUCCGUCUUCUUCACUCACUUCGCUAUCGUCCUGCCCUGUUUUUUCCACUUCACCGCCACUUUUAAACAACAAGGGGGCUGCUAUUUCCCGGAGCGAUGGGAGGGGACGUGGUUCCAGUCCGGGGUCCGACAGCCCAUCAUCAUAGAAGGGCCGCGGCUGAGCAGCAAAGGACGAUGUCUGGGAUCGGAGGGCGACAAAUUCUUGGUUGUGGAUGACAAAAGGGCGUGCUAUCGUUGCGUCGUGAUUCACGAGAAACACGCAAACGUUCUGCAAUACAAAGAAACCUUCUGCCAUAGUCGGGAUUCCCUUCCCACACUGUGCAGCUUAAUAACGGGGGACGCGUUGCUCUUUUCCAUGUUCAGGGAGAAUGCAGCCCCGGUGCCAUGUCCAUUCCGAGGGCCCUUCACCUUCACCUACAACAGGGGACACGGCGAGUGCCGGGUCCCCGUAUCCAGCAUAGACACCUGUAUAGAAGACAGCAGACUACUUUUAAGUUAUCAGGCGUGCCCUGAUGUUUACGGUUCCGAAAGCACCGUGGAGGAACUCCAGUGCCUGGCGGUAUGGAAAGAAGGUAGUUCGAGGUAUUUAGUAGGCAAAGUGCACCACAACCAUGCGACGUCCAACGAGGACCGUUUCAGAUGCUUUGUGUAUGAAAAGGCAUCGCCGGCGUCGGAAGCUUUGGAUGGCUUCGAUUAUAGAGUCGCACAAAGCGGAGACGCGACCUGUAAUGGACUCUUCAGUGCCGUCGAGGGAAGCAGGACUAUGAUUCUUAAAAGAGCUCCCCUGUUGAAUAAGUGUCGCUUCCCUUCCUGGGUGGCGAAUUAUAACCACUGGCACACUUUGGAUUACUCGGCAACUUACAGUUUUCAUCAUAGGAACUCCACCCUCAGGAUAACCAAUUCAUCCGGACUAGAAAUGAAAGUCGUGUGUACCCUGCUGAAACCGUCGUCGAGGGACGACAGCUCCGUGGUGCUCCUUAUGCAUUUCACCAUGGGAUGCCAAAGCGGAUUCAUGUGCAUGUCCUUCUACCGACGCGACAUGCACGUCAUAGAAGUCCAAAUCGGAACGCAAACCAAACGUCAAGAGGACGCUUGCAAUCCCGCUUACUUCAACAGGACCAAUUUGCCAUACGUCACCCUAGUCACUACUUCCCCCGAAACGAGGGCCUGCCCCUACAAUGGCAAAUUCGAAGUCAGCAACCUCAUCAGGAGCGAACACUCCCUCAAAACGGACUCCCGCUACUUCGACAACAACUAUUACGUCAACCAGUUCCCCAGGUCGGUCCGGAGCGACACCGACCUAGUGCGGAGGAUCAAACGCGUGGACCAAAAUCUCGACUGCGACGGCAGCGGAUUCACGAGUCUGGUUAUCGGCUGCAACUCCAUCGACACGAUGGAGUUCCGAGCGCAGUGCACUUCUCCGGACAUUAUCACUUCUUACUCCUGUCACGGAGGGUGGAAAGAGAACGGCACCAACUACCUGAUAACUACCCCUCUGGGUCGGACGUCGCACGGUUCCCGAAGAUACUGCUUCAUCUACAAGGAGUCCAGCCCCGACCUGGUGUUGUUUUCGACGUCUGCCGACAACUGUGAUCGCAUCGUGAGACCUGGAAUCACCGGGGAGCUAGUUUUUAACGUGACGAGUACCGGCAAGUGCGUCGAAACCAGCAGUUCCGAAAGGACGAGAUCAUACUUGCUGUUCGUCCUUUUCGCAAAUAUUCUAAAGUACGCCAUCAUUGCACUCAUUCAGAGAUGAUCUACAUAUUCGUAAGUUAGGAAAUUUAUUCAAUGAUGAGACUGUAUUAAUUAGGUCCUCGCCGGUCCGAUUUUUGUUGUGAAACGGAAUAUCUCGGUUGUGUUUUGUUGUUAAAUAUGUAUUAAGUGGAAGUGAAUAAAGUUCAAACAAUCCAGCACCACCCAUCCUCCUUCGGAACUUUCGUUGAAUUAUUUUAGCUUUUACAGUCGGAUGGGGGUAGUGUCGCUUUAUUGAAAUUUCCGGAUCUUUACACACUUCUUUCUUAGAAACGAGUCUCAAGAUACUGUAUAUUGUAAUGUAAUUAAGUAUAUACUUUAAUCUGUGAUUACUGCAAGUAGAACCGACUAGAAGUAACCCUCACUUUUAAUCACUUUGAAUCGAAACGUAAGAUUAGUGUUUUAACAAGAUGUUCCUCUCCGACUUAUUUUUAACUUUGCUUCGAUAGUUUUAGAUUCCUUUGAAACCCAGACGAAACAAACACGUUGUGAUUUUCGGAAGAAAUCGGUGUUCGAGUGUAACAAUCCUACAAAAAGGGGUUCAACAUAUCAUUAAAGCGCGGCGAAAAUAAACGAACGUGUUUGUUUCAGCUCCGACUCAGACAAAUAGAGAACAAAAUAGCUGAAAUCUGUGAUUGAUUUUAUUCAAGGAGUUUUUAAAUGAACGAUAAUAGCAUUUUUAUUCGUGAAAAAUGCUUGCAAUAAAAUACGUAUUUUUGCACUUAACACUGCUUGUUUAAAAAAAUAUAUGGAUGGUGAUAUUUUUGGUAACCGGAAGCAAUAUUAUAUUUAUUUUUGUUAAAUUGUAAUCAUGUUUGUAAUUGCGAUUGAUUUUAGAUUAUUAUGUUUUUAUUUUUCCAUGAGCAAUAAUAUAAGAUAGUUUAGUAGAAAUUUGUAUACCUACAUAUACAUCGUUAUUAUGAUUUAUGAUUUUAUAAGUACUAUUAUAUUAUGAACAAAUGGUUGUAAGCAGAGCUGAUGAGACAUUAUGUUGGACGUAGUCUUCUAUCACACACGUUAUUUCGGUUCUAAAGACCUCUAGUUUCGAUCGUGGAGUAUGCCAAAAAAUUCAUGUCGAAAUCUAUUUUAUCUAAUACUACAGUUUUUAAUUACAUGAUUGAUACAAUUCGACCUUAACGUAUGACAUAAUAACAUUCAAGAACCGCAGACGAAGGCACAGGUUCUCGAGUACACUGCACUUUCCAGUAGCAGAAGUGACGCAAGCUUUGGUUUGGAUUUCCCAUAUCUGAAUACGCACAUGUAAAUUUGUUUUCCAUAAUGCAAUAACUGGAAUAACCCCUUCCCAGUCUCGCAGAAUGUCUCAUCAAUAUCGAUGUGCGUUUUAACGAAAAUAAUUUGUUAUGCUCUCCCACAUGACAAUGCAAUAAAUUAUUUUCGUAACGACGUCGAUAAACCUAAUGCCGAAAUGAAUAAUACUUUCAACAAAGUUGUGCGAUUUGCAAUCAUUGUAAGAUAUGUAUGUAUAAUUUAUUAACGAAUUUAGUGGAUUAGACUAGUUGAAUAUGUAAAAUAAAGAAACUAGAUUAAAUUGGAACAAACUCUAAGAUAGUCUUGUAGUAGUAGACUGUUUUACAAAGGCAGAAUAUGUAAGGCGCGGGAUGGCUCGUUUGUAGAAACAAUUAAAUUUUUACCAGUUAUUUUGAUAAUCCGGCUUAUGAAAAUCUUAUCUUAAUAGCAUCUAAUCUAAAACAAUACAAUUUUAUAACGUAAGUACUCUUGGCGGCUUUUUGCAAGUCAUGCACGUACACAUUCCACACGGUUACACAAAAAUUAUACAAACGGGCCACUUCGUGCUAUAGAAGAAUGGUGCCUUGGAUGUUUUGUUUGAUAAAAAAAAAAGAAAACACAAAAUGUUGAAUAUAUGAACAAACAAUUGUUGUAAUAAUAUCUGUACAUUAUCUGAAUAAAACAUGAAAGAAAA